UAUCUUUUUAUCACGAUACGAAUUUUAAAUUUGGGUAACCACAAAGUAUUAGACAUCGCAUUACGUUUAGUAGUAAAUUUGUAGAUUAAUACUUUGGUGAACUCGAGAAUAUGAACGUUGCGGUAUAAUUUUUGAUGAAAGCAGUUCUCUUGAAUAUAAUUUCCGAAUCAUUUGAGUUGAGUUUAAUAAUAUUAUGAUGUCGAUGGCAUCCAAGUGCGUGGAAAAUUGUAUUCGUACGAAAUUACAAAAUCGAUUCAAUCCAAAAGUGUUGCAACUAAUCAACGAGUCGUACAUGCACAAUGUACCAAAAGACUCAGAAACGCAUUUCAAAGUCGUUAUUGUAUCCGAUGAAUUCGAGGGCAUGCCCUUGAUCAAGAGACACCGUUUGGUAAACACAAUAUUGACGGACGAGCUCAAGUCCGGUGUACACGCUUUGUCAAUAGUGGCCAAAUCUCCAAACCAAUGGAAAGACGAACCAGUCGAAAGUAGCCCCAAUUGCCGAGGUGGUUUUGGGAAGUGAACUUAAUAAGUAAUAGAAUUCGGAGAGAUUUACCAGUUACCAAGUGUCAUGGAUUAAAUUUUUAUAUUACAAUAAAUUAUAAUCUUGUUGGUGUUGUACAUAA